AUGGCGGACCGAAAGUCCCUUGACGUGGAGGCGGCACCGCGUAUCCAAAUCGCGAAGAAGUCCAUGUGGCAGUCAAUCUUCGCCAAUCCUAAAGUUCUACUUAUUGCCUUCUUUGCUUCCUUCGGUGGAUUCGAGUAUGGAUACCAACAAGGUGUUUUGGGCCAAUCCCUGGUCAUGCACCGUUUUACCGAAAACUUCCCAACUGUUGUCGCAUCCUCCACAGCAACUGGCUGGUUGACCUCCGUUCUCCAACUGGGAGGAAUUGCGGGUUCUUUGGCCGCCGGUAUCCUCGGCGAGAUCUACUCGCGCAAAUACACCAUGUUCUUCGCCUGCUGCUGGGUUAUUCUUGGCAGCUAUCUCUACAUCGGCGCCACCGCCGGAAACCCAUCUCUUCUAUACGCUGGUCGAUUCUUCACUGGUCUGGGUGUCGGAUUAUUCUCGGGUGUGGGCCCAUUGUAUAACGCUGAGCUUGCUGCUCCCGAAAUGCGUGGCUUGCUCGUUUCCUUCUAUCAGUUCGCCACUAUUCUCGGAAUUAUGAUUUCCUUCUGGGUUGGAUACGGCAGCAACAACAUUGGCGGUGUCGGUGAGACUCAGUCCGACAUGGCGUGGCGUCUUCCCUCUAUCAUCCAGGGCAUCCCGGCCAUUUGCCUGGCAUGUGGAAUUUGGUUCAUGCCUUUCUCGCCUCGUUGGUUGGUCAAGCAGGGCCGUGAUGAGGAAGCUCAGUCUACUCUGGCCUGGAUGCGCAAGCUGCCUGUCGAGCACGAGCUGGUACAGGUCGAGUACUUGGAGAUCAAGGCCGAGGCUCUCUUUGAAAAGCGCGCAUUUGCCAAGUCUUCGCCUAAGCUGGCAGAGCGCGAGCACCAGAGCGUUUUCAUGAACCAAGUUGCUCAAUAUGCCAACUGUGUUCGCUCCAUGGACAACUUCAAGCGUGUCGCCACUGCCUGGAUGGUCAUGUUCUUCCAGCAGUGGAGUGGUGUUGAUGCCAUCAUUUAUUAUGCGUCCAACGUCUUCGUUUCUCUCGGUCUGACUGGAGGUACCAUUGCUCUACUCGCUACCGGUGUCACCGGUGUUGUUUUCAUCAUUAGCACCAUUCCCGGCAUGUUGGUCAUCGACAAGAUUGGUCGCAAGCCUAUGCUUCUUGGGGGGUUCUGCUCUCAUCACGAUUGGCCUGGUCAUGUCGCAGCUGGUUGGAGUGCAGUUGCGCUUAUCUGGCUGUAUAUCGCAGGCUUUGGAGCCACCUGGGGCCCGGUCUCAUGGACCCUUGUUUCUGAGAUUUUCCCUCUCUCCAUUCGCGCCAAGGGUGCCUCAAUUGGUGCCUCUAGCAACUGGAUCAACAACUUCGCCAUUGCCUUCUUUGUGCCUCCGAUGCUUCAAGCUUGGCAGUGGGGUACAUACAUCUUCUUCGCUGGCUUUCUCCUCGUCGGUAUCUUCUGGGUCUAUUUCUUCCUCCCGGAGACCAAGAAUGCCAGUCUCGAGGAGAUGGAUCGCGUUUUCGGCAGCAACACUGGAGAGCAAGAUGCGGAGCUUCUCCGCGAUGCUCAGAGAGAUGUUGGCCUCACGGCCUUCAUUGAGCGCCUGGGCAGUGCCACUGGACGCGAUGUGGAGAAGAAGGAGGGCUCCCAGUAUAUUGAAAGCGGCGAAAAUGUCGGUGACAAUCUUUUCAUUGUGCGUUUCCCUGUCAGAGAAGCUAACGAGGGAAAAGGUGACGAGCAAAAGCCGCGAUGUGCCAACUGCGAGGUGAAGGGCUUUACUUGCAAGUAUGGCUCUGACUUGGCAUUUGUACCCCCACGAUCGGGCGAUGCGCCAGGUGGUCGACACGUAUAUGGCACCAUCAGUUUUGUUGAUGACUCCCCGGUUGCACAUGCUACAGCGAAAAAUAAGGAGAAAUCGCUGGAUCAAGACACAGAAGUGACCGAAUCCAGCGGGGUUUCGCUCACUGCUCAGGACAUACCGAAUCUAUCGGGCCAUGUUCCUUUUGUUAACCCGAAUGGCAAUCGUACGACAGUCGGUUUAAAUGAUAUACUCGCAUCUAAUACACCCUUCGACAAUUCGCAGGGGCAGUCGACUUUACAGACCGUUCUUGGUCUUCCUGGGAGCUAUCCUGGUGGUAGCCCCUUAAGCCUGGAAUAUCUUCGCUUAACCAGAGAUUACUCGCGCCUACCACGAAGGCCAAUAAGUGUGAUCAGUAAUUAUGAGACAGAUCUUCUGCGCCAUUUUCGGUACUCCGUCAGUCCAUGGAUCGACGUGGGAGACCCUUAUUGUGCAUUCGGAAUUCAGGCUCUGCUCAUUUCCAGGUCGAAUCGGUCUCUCCAAGCCGCUAUUCUUGCUUUGUCUGCAAGUCAAAGACAGCUGCUCGCUCUAGGCUCCCAGGGCCAAGAUGUUGGUGGUAGUCUUCGAUUUCGCAAGGAAGCAGAAGGUAGUCUGGCAAUGGAGACUGAUAUGUUGCGACGUACUGGGCACGCCUUGCUGCUUCUACAAGACCUCCUGCCAUCUGGGGUUCAAGGAUGGAGAGAUAAGCUAGAGGCUCACAUUGAGGCUGGGGGUCUUGUGACGCCUACUUCUUUUGAGGAGGAAAUGGGCGAAGAGUUAUUCUGGUUGCAUUUUCGCCUCGAUCUUGCAUCAUCUCUCAUGACAUCGAAAUCGCCUCUUAUUCCAUUUCGCUCAUUCCUCCAUCGCGAUGGGUCUCCAGUACACACGCCACACAAAAACACCCAAACGCCUUCCGUCCACAGAGUGUACAAUCACGCGUUAUGUCUUCUAGGACACAGCCUUGCUUUGAUAUACGGAGACCCGUCGGACGUGACUUCUCCACAAGCAGCUGGAUCACCAGAGCUAGCAGCUUACCCUUCCCUACGACAAUCGCACUUCUUGUCACAGUGGACAUUCCUUUGGACAGAUUGUCAGAAAUGGUAUAAUGAGCGUCCAGUUGACACACAGCAAAUCGUGGAUGUCCGGGGUGGAGAAGCAGAUCAACUGGAUCCCGAUCAUGACACGGGCUUUCCAAUCCUCAUCUUCACAACGCCAAUGGCGCUGGUCGCCAACACCGUUUAUCAUAUCACGUCACUUCUACUCUUAACGCAUAAGCCACGACUUUUGAAAUCGCUUCCUGGUCCACGUUGUUUUACUUCUCACAUCUGGCAUGCUCAGUCAAUAGCUGGCAUCGCAACCAGUAAUGACUCGCCGGAGCAGUUCGACCCGAUACUUGUCGUGGGGCUACUUUUGAUUGCCCGGGAGAUGACACAUGAGUCGCAACAGAUCGUUUUACUGGAGGUCCUGCAGAAAAUUACAAGUACAACUGGGAUCAACCUCGAGCGUGAAAGGGAAGCGCUCCGGUCUGUAUGGAGGAUUGCGCGAUAUGACGACGGGUCCGAUGAGCAAGAUAUUUAG